AUUUAAACACAACUACACAGGAACUAAAUCAUUUAAUGUUUAAUGGUUAAAGAGCAGAAAUGUCUGAUGAUAUUUAUAACAAUGUCAUUGGGACUGAGUUUGAGGGAAAGAUCAAAGAUAGAGUGGAGAUGACAGUGGAUAUCUAUGAGAGUGUAGAUUAUAUGAGAGAUUGUGACUUCAAGAAAGAAACAAACACAACCCAACCACUUCAGAACACAGGAAGUGAUUCAGUGAAAACCAGAAUCUCCAGAGCAGCUGUAGUGUGUUUGGUGCUUCUGUGUGUUCUUCUGCUGACUGCAGUCAUAGUGCUGUGUGUCCACAUCCAUACCAAGAACACAAACUACACAGAAGAGACACACCAGCUACUAACUAAGAUCACCAACCUCACAGAAGAAAGAGACGAGCUAAUAAUAAAGAACAGAAAUGUGUUGAAUCAACUUUCAAUUCCUGAUGGAUGGAUUUUCUAUCAAUCCAGUUUUUACUACAAGUCCAAUGAGACAAGAAACUGGACUGAGAGCAGACAAGACUGUCACAAGAGAGGAGCAGAUUUGAUCAUCAUCAACACCAGUGAGGAAAAUGAUUUUGUUAAAAAGAUUACUGAUAGAAGAGAAUUCUGGAUUGGUCUGACUGACAGUGAAGUGGAGGGCACAUGGAAAUGGGUUGAUGGCAGCACACUGAAAGACAGGACCUCUGGCUUCUGGGAGCCAAACGAGCCAAAUGGAAAAGAACUAGAGAACUGUGUUGUGACUUAUUUAAAAAAGGUUCCUCAAUUAAAAGGGUGGCUUGAUGUUCCAUGUAAUGGUGCUCAUCAGUGGAUCUGUGAGAAGAAUAUUUCACCUCUCAUGCAGCAAUAAGAACAUCAUAUACAUUAUUAUUAUUAUUAUUUAAUUUAUUUUUGGUGAUCUAAUUUUAACAGUACAAAACAUUCAUAAUGAUUAUCAUCUAAAGCAGGGCUGUCAAUUCUGGCUCCUGAAGCAUUGCCUUUGAAGCAGAAUGUAGAUCUAGCACACUGUUAUUUUAACAUCAUUAAUAUGCUGUUAUAGUUUGAAUUAUUUUUUUGCAUUUGUUUUAAUUUUAUAUUCCUGGUUUCUUUUGCCUUUUUUAAUUUUGGUUAAGAUUUUAUUAAUUUUUGUUGUGUUCUUAUUUAAGUACUUCAAGGUAAACUAAACAUAAAUGAGAAAUGUGGCUUUGGCAGUAACCUAAAAUAAAA